AUGAACAGAGUAUUUUCGAAUUGCUCUACAGUCGUUUGCACAAUACAGAAGCCUUUUAGGACAGUUGAACCCUUUUGCUUAGCGAAAAUUUCCAAGAAAACUCAAGUAAACAUGUCCACCUACGUAAAUCACAAUACUGAUUUCAAGAAACCGGUUCUGGAUGACAGGAAAUACCGUUUCAUUAGUUUGCCUAAUAACCUGAAAGCACUUUUGAUCCAAGAUCCAGAAACGGAUAAAUCUGCCGCUUCUUUGGAUGUUAAUAUUGGUUCCUUCGAUGAUCCAGAAUAUUUACCUGGUCUUGCGCACUUUUGCGAGCACCUUCUCUUCAUGGGAAGCUCAAAGUUUCCUAACGAAAACGAGUACUCUAGUUAUUUGAGCAAGCAUGGCGGAGGAUCCAAUGCUUACACAAGCUCUCAAAACACCAAUUACUUCUUUCAAGUAAACCAUGAAAAUCUCUAUGGAGCCUUGGACAGGUUUUCAGGAUUCUUUACUUGCCCAUCAUUCAACAAAAGUUCUACAGACAAGGAGAUCAACGCUGUCGACAGUGAGAACAAAAAAAACCUUCAAAGUGACUUGUGGAGACUUUAUCAGCUUGACAAAUCUCUUACAAGCACCGAACAUCCAUUUCACAAGUUUUCAACCGGUAAUAUGACGACUCUCGGUAGCACUCCAAAAUUUAACGGCCUGAACAUCAGAGAUGAGCUACUGAAAUUUUACAACUCUUGUUACUCGGCAAAUCUCAUGAAGCUGUGUAUACUUGGGAGAGAAGAUUUAGACGAUAUGUCUAAGUGGGUGUAUGACCUAUUCAAGGACGUCCCUAAUUCAAAUCUUCCGGUGCCUUCAUAUCCAGUCCAGAUGCUGCCUGCGGACUGCUUAACUCAAGUCAUACACGCCAAGCCCGUCAAAGAUCUGAAAAAGGUAGAAUUAACUUUCAGAUCCCCUGACUCCGAAAUGCAUUGGGAGUCCAAGCCUAGUCACCACUUGAGCCACUUGAUCGGCCAUGAAGGAUCCGGCUCACUUUUAGCCUUUUUAAAGAUGAAAGGCUGGGCUAAUGAACUUUCUGCAGGCGCUCACACGGUUUCCACAGGUAACGCGCUUUUUUCUGUGGACGUUGAUUUGACAGACAAUGGUAUUGAGAACUACGAACAGGUUGUUCUUUCCGUGUUUCAAUACAUCGAACUACUUAAGCAAGAGCUUCCUCAAGAUUGGAUCUAUACAGAGCUGCGCGAUACCGCCGAAGCUAAUUUCAAAUUCAAACAAAAGGGAAAUCCCUCUUCUACCGUAUCCGCACUAUCAAAAGCACUUGAAAAAGAGUUCAUUCCAACGGGAGAUAUUCUGAGCACAUCUUUAUUGAGGAAAUACGAACCCGACUUAAUCACGAGCUAUUUAGCUGAACUGAAGCCAGAAAACUCUCGCGUGACAUUGAUCCACAAAAAUGUAGAGACUGACUCUGAGGAGAAAUGGUACGGCACCGAAUACAGUGUUGCCAAAUACUCUGAAAACUUUUUGUCCAAGUUGAAGGAUCCAGGGCUCAAUCCCCACCUACAUCUACCACGCCCCAAUGAGUUCAUCUCUACAAAUUUUCAAGUCGAUAAACUAGAAACAGGAGAAUCUUUACAAGAGCCUUUGCUUCUCAGAAACGAUAGCCAGAGCAAGCUGUGGUACAAAAGAGAUGAUAGGUUUUGGGUUCCUAAGGGUCAUGUUUAUGUUUCAAUGAAAUUGCCUCAUACUUUCUCCAGUGUUGUCAACAGCAUGCUCACCACGCUUUACGUUGAUCUAGUUAAUGACUCUUUGAAAGAUUUAGAGUAUGACGCGCAAGUAGCCAACUUGCACAUCUCGUUUAGAAAAACCAACCAGGGUCUAGACAUUUCGCUUAGCGGCUACAACCAAAAGAUGGCGAUUUUACUCACGCGUUACUUGGAGGGCGUGUCAAAUUUCAAACCAAGUGAGGACCGGUUUAAGAUUUUUCAAAACAAACUGAUUCAAAAACUUAACAACCACCUGUACGAGGUGCCAUAUUCUCAGAUUUCAGAUAUUUACAAUUCAGUCAUCAACGAGAGGUCUUGGACUAUAAAUGAAAAACUAGAAGUUGUUAAACAGUUUUCCUUUACUCAUUUGAAAAAUUUCAUUCCUACUAUCUACGAGCAAUUUUUCUUCGAGACCUUGGUGCACGGUAAUUUCAACAACGACGUUGCCAUCGAAAUUGACGACUUGGUAAAGGUAUUGGCCCCAGUCGAUAUACAAGCCGUUAAAUUAAAAAGCAUAAAACCCAGAUCAAUCUUGCUGCCACGAGGCAAAACGUUCCGUUUCGAACAGACGCUAGCGGACGAAAAAAAUAUCAACUCGUGCAUUCAGCACAUUACCCAAUUUGGCGUUUACUCUGAGGAGCGUUCUGCAAAAGCAGCACUAUUGGCUCAAUUGAUCGACGAGCCUGCUUUUGAUACUUUGAGGACUAAGGAACAGUUAGGAUACGUUGUUUUCAGCUCUGCCUUGAAUACACACGGUACUACUAAUUUGAGACUUUUAAUCCAAUCUGAACGCGAUACGGCGUACCUGGAAUCUAGAGUUGAAGCAUUUUUGAUUAAGACUGAAAACGAUUUAGAAUCAAUGACUGAAGAGGAGUUUGGCAGACAUAAAAGCGCGCUUUGCAAAACCCUAUUACAGAAGUACAAAAACUUGUCCGAAGAAUACGUGAGGUUCAGUACUGCUAUUUACAUUGGCGAUUACAACUUUGUGCACAAGGAGAGAAAAGCCUCCCUGGUUGAAAAGUUGACCAAAGCAGAAAUUUUGGAAUUUUACCGCAAGUACGUGAUGUCAGAGGAGUCUUCUAAGUUAGUGAUUCACUUGAAGUCUCAGGUUCAAGAUGAAGCCGCUGAGAAGAGAGAUUUCGUGGAGAAUUACCCAACUGGGAAACUGAUUAGAGACAUUGGGCGCUUCCAAAGUACAAUGAGUUUAGCGCCAGUGCGCCAGCCACUCCAAGAAUUAGAAGUAACGCCCAAGCUCUAG